AUGCCCCGUGAGAAGCAAAAGAGAGGCCGUCGGGCCGAACAGAAAGCUCAAAAGGAGGAGUCGAAGCACCAGGACGAUGAUGCCCUCGAAGCUCCCUCCGCCAAACGCAUGAAGCCUUCCAACGACACCGACGAGACCGCCGAACCAUCUUUCGCGGAGGGUGCAGACUAUAUUUCCCUCGAUGUUGGAGAAGACCAGCAGGUUGUGGAAGAGACCGGAGAUGUCGUCAAUGGCGAUACCCCCUUCUACGGAUUGCUCGACACCGACGAGCAAGAAUACUUUUCGCGCGCCAGCGAAAUGCUCGAAGCGAACCAAUUCCACGAUGCCGAAGAGCGGAAUUUGUUUGUGGAAAGCGUAUACCAGGAGGCCAAUGGAAAGGAAUUGAAGAUUGCUUGUAGUCAGGGUUGUUCGAGACUCAUGGAAAAGUUGAUCUCCAUGUCAGAUGUCAAGCAGAUUCGUCGGAUCUUUGGCAAAUUCAUUGGUCACUUCCUUCACCUUGUGCAGCACCGAUUUGCGAGUCAUUGUUGCGAAACACUGUUCAUCCACGCCGCGCCGGCUGUUAUGCAAAAGACCGCCAAAGCCCCAGUCAAGAAGUCGGAGGACGGUGAAGAGGAGUCAGAGCUGUCGCUCGCCGACAUGUUCAUGAGUGUGAUUGAGGAGUUGAAGGAAAAUUGGGGCUAUCUCUUGACCGAGCGAUUUGCCUCGCACACAAUUCGAGUGCUGUUGCUGGUUCUUGCUGGAGAGCCUGUAGAUGUUACGUCGAAGGAUUCGGUGGUCGCAAGUCGGAAGAAGGAAAGACUGGGUCUUCCGGCUGCUGGCGCGCAAGAAGAAAGUGGCCCUACACAAAAGCGGAGCGUACCAGAAUCUUUCGAGCCCGCGCUGAAGAAGAUCAUGGGCGACAUGGUUUCCGGACUGGAUGACACUUAUCUGCGGGCUUUGGCCACACAGCCCAUCGGAAACCCCGUUCUCCAGGUUAUGCUUUUCUUGGAGCUCUCUCACUUUGGAAAAUCUAGCGCCAAGGAUCCAAAAUCCAUUCUUCGUCGACUCGUACCCGAUGAGUCCUUCGAGGAGGGCACUGACAGCGCAACCUUCAUUCGUGGCCUGCUAUACGAUCCAGUCGGAUCUCGCCUUGUGGAGACGAUGGUACGAUACAUGCCCGGCAAGGUGUUCAAGAACCUAUAUAAGAACAACAUCCGCGAUCGCAUCGGGUCCCUUGCUCGAAACAGCACUGCUGGCUACGUCGUCCUGCGAACAUUGGAAAGACUUGGAAAGGACGACUUGCAAAGCGCUAUGGAUCUCAUCAUUCCCGAGGUCCCAGGCCUGAUCGAGCGAUCCCGUCUUGUCGUUCCUAAGGUGUUGAUCGAGCGUUGUGUGAUCCGAAAUGUCGACACCAAGCCUUUCGCUAAGGCGCUUGAGGAGGCGUAUGAUGCGGAUCCCACGGUCCGCCUCCGACAGAUGCUUCGUCUUGACGAGUCCACAGACCAAGCUUCACCGGAAUCAGAGGAUGAAGAGAUGGAAGAUGCAGAUGGAGAUGACUACAAGCGACGCAAGCAAAAGGCACCGGCUGGUGGCUCCUCUACAUCUGCUGCGGAGAAGCUGCACGGGUCCCUCUUGGCACAGGUGAUGCUCACAGUUCCGGGUCCUAUGAGCGAGCUGGUAUACUCCAGUCUUCUUGCGCAAUCAUCCGAGACAAUCGUUCAGCUUUCUAAGGAAGCUACAUCCUCCCGUGUCCUGCAACAAGCCUUGACUUUGCCCACUUCCACCCAGCAAUUCCGACGACAGUUCAUUCCCCGCUUCCAGGGCCAUCUCGUCGAACUUGCUCAAGAUAACAGCGGAUCUCACGUCGUGGACGCUCUCUGGCCUGCAUCCAAGGAUGUGUUCUUCGUCAAGGAGCGCAUGGCUCAAGAGCUCGCACAAAGCGAAAUGAUUCUUCGCGACUCGUUCUUGGGUCGUGCGGUGUGGAGAAAUUGGUCGAUGGAUCUUUACAAGCGCCGCCGCGGCGAAUGGACUGCCCGUGCCAAGGGGAUCGAGCGAGAGGCCACAGCCACUGAAGGCAGUGGAGAACGGCCCAAGUCGAAGCUGGAGCUGGCGCGUGAGCGGUUCGCUGCUAAGGAGGCCGCGGCUGCGGCUGCAAAGGCCUGA